AUGCCGAGCAUCUCUGUUUGCCGCCAAGUGUUGGUGAUAGGCGCAACCGCUGGCCUCGGCCGGGCGCUCUCCCUUGCGAUCCGCGACUUGCCCUCCUCUCCUCGCGUAGUCGUUGCCGGUCGCCGUGUCGAACGUCUUGAGGCGUUGAGCAAGGAGGAGCGCAUCGACGCUGUCCAGCUUGACGUCUCUGCCCCACGUGAGAAGCUCAUUACGAGCGUCAACGAUGUAAUCAAGAAGUUCCCCAACAUCGACUGCGUCAUCUUCUCAGCGGGUAUCCAGCGCCAAAUAGAUUUCACAAAACCCGACACCGUUAAUCUCGACAACGCGGAAGCAGAGCUCAAUACCAACCUCCUUGCGAUCAUCACGAUGAUUUCAAAGUGCUUCAUCCCGCACUUCCAGUCUCUCGGCCGGCCGACAUUCAUCAUGCCUAUCUCGUCUGGACUUGCGCUGCAGCCCAAGUCUAACAUUCCAGUGUACUGCGCGAGCAAAGCUGCAUUGCAUUCGUUUUGCGUCUCGCUCGGAGUUCAACUGAAGAAUGCCGGGAGCAACCUCAGUGUCGUCGAGAUUAUGCCGCCACUCGUCGAGUCUGAGCUGCACGAUCAUGAGGGCACGACGGAGAUGUUGUCCAAGUUCUGGGUGCCGCUCGACGUCUGGACGAAGAGCACGAUCGAGGAACUGACCAAGAUAGACGGGAAUGGGAUCUCCAUUUGCAGCGACCUGUUCAAGCCCAUGUACGACAAGUUUGAGAGGGAGAAGCUUGAGAGCGUCUCGUAG